AUGAUGAAAACAAGGAGUUGUUCAGAAACGGGAUCCACUAGCCACUACACAUUUGGAGCUAAGUUUGGUGUGUUUUUAAGUUUUCGAGGACCGGAUACUCGCACUAACUUCACGGAUUCCCUCUAUCAUGCCUUGCUAGAUAAGGGUAUACAUGUUUUCAUUGACAAGAAGGGGAUUGACAUUGGUGAAGAGAUUGGUCUGGAAAUUUUGCAGGCCAUCAAUGAUUCGAAAAUCUGCAUUCCUAUCUUCUCCAAAAGUUAUGCUUCUAGUAGUUGGUGCCUUCACGAGUUGAAACACAUGAUGGAGCGCAGGAAAACCAAUGAACUGGAGGUUCUGCCCAUUUUCUAUGAUGUGACACAUGCUGACGUGAAACUUGAAACCAAUGUGUAUAGGUAUCAAUUAACUCAGCAUAAGCUAAAACAUGAGACUGAGACAGUGCGUCUCUGGCGGAAGGCACUCAAGGAGGCUGCUAAAAUCAAGGGAUGGGACACCAAGGACAUAGGAGAGAAUAAGAGAGCUGCAACUUAUAUGUGGGAUGACUGUGGAUUGUUUCCAAAUGAAGGGAUUGAUGUCCUACUUUUGAUGUCCUUAGUAAAAGUUGGAGUAAAGAAUAAGUUAUGGAUGCAUGACCAGCUUAAAGACUUAGGGAAGGGCAUUGUACGUAAUGAAAAUUGCAAAGAUUCAGGAAAGCGGUCUCGGGUGUGGAAUCAUGAAGAAGCAUUGGAUAUGAUGAUAAGGAAGAAGGGAACUGAGACUAUUGAAGCGAUUUGUGCAAACUUUGACGGAGUUCUUUUGACACCAGAAGAAUUUACGAAAGUGCCAAAUAUAAGAUUUCUCGCAAUGAUAAAUGGAAACCUCUCCGGAAAUUUUAAGGAUCUCUUUCCAGAACUAAGAUGGCUUUCUUGGAAGAAUUGCCCUUUAUAUUUGCAAGCAACCAACUUUUGCCCCAAAAAUCUACUCAUCCUUGACCUAUAG